GAGCACCCCCUGACAACAUUAUACACAUGAUAUGAAAGAAUGAACAUUUAUAUAUGAAAUCUUGAAACUAACCGUAUAAUUAAGGUCCCAGACGAAAUUCGACAUUUGUGAGUCUCCUUAAAUUCAAUGCCAAUUAUUCGUCUGUAUGUUAUUCAAGUCCAAAUUCAUUAAAUGGGUUUGUUCACCCUCGGAGUGCUCGCAUAGUUGUAUAAUAAUUAAUGACAUCUUGAAAGUUGAAGGGCUAUUUUUAAUUUUUUGCUAGUUACCUUCCUUCAUAGAACGUCAUAAUUAUUUAGACUUGUGUUUGUUUCCCCUUGUGACGGUAGUCAACACUUUCCUGUUACACCCCUAUUAAAGAAAUAUUAAUGGUAGUUGGGUUAAUAUACACCUAUGCAGAAUAUUUAUAUUUGAUUAAUCUCAAUUACCCACUGGACGUUAAGCAACCAACAAUCAAUCAAUCAAUAUACUCAAUUACAUAUAUCUCAAAAUUCAUGAACAAAACAUGAAAAUAAUUUUAAAUUAAUUGCUUUUUAAUUGUUUUUUAGCAAUGAUUGGCUUCAUUGUUACAUUUGUUUUUACAGAGACAUAUAAUACAAAUGUCUCUGGUUUUUAGUAAGAAUUAAUUUUAAUGACUUGGUUGUAAGUUGGAAUCCUGAUUAAUUAAGAUAUCCUUUAUCUCACUGAUUGUUGUAUUAAUUGUCUAUGGUGGUUUUAUCAUGAAAUAAAAAUUAAAAAUUAAACUAGUCCACUUGGAAUAUUAAGUAAUAAACAAUGCAUGUAUGGAUUGGUCUUAAGUCGUUUUUAUACGUUGUAUUCCUGAAGACUACAGUGCUAAUCAAAGGAAAAAAUUAUCUGAAAAAUGGGGGUCUCUAUGUCAGGACCAAGUGGUUGUACCAUUAAAAAUGGAAAUGGUGUGUUAAAAUGUGUACCUUUUACCAAAUAUAAACCAUUUCCAUCUUGUAAGAAAAAAAGUGCAGGUGAACUAAUUAUAGCAUUCAAAGCACUACCAACUGCAACUCAUACAGGAAGUGACAAUUACUGGUGGAUAAAUUGUCAGUUUGUACCUAAUGAUGACACCACUCUGAUGGUGACUAGUAGUGUGUAUAUUCUACGAGGUGGUAUGUCUAAUGUCCAGGUUAGAAACAUUCCAGCAGGAAAAGUAUGCAAAUUUUCCCUUGAAUCUAAUGGAAUAAGAUGUGAACUUGUUAAAACAACAGGAAGUGGAACAUGGCCUAAGUUACAGGUACAUCCAGACUCAUUUUAUAUCUGUUAUUUAGAUAUCCAUCAAGUUAAGUUCUUCCAUUCUAUCACAGAUUCUGGUAUCUCUAGUAAGGCACUAGACCCUCAUUUCAGACAGUAUCGUUCCUUUGCUCUGUCACCGAAUGGAAAACAAAUGUGUAUAUUGGCUCGUAAUGGAAAGACAGAUUAUGACCUUGUAAUAUAUGGUGUUAAUGUGUAUUCACAUCCUGACUGUACGAUACAGUGUAGUAAGAUCAAUAAAGAUUUCCGUGGAACACCUACAAGAACAGACCUUGUGGAUUGUAAAUGGUCAAUGGAUAGUCGUAAAGUUGCCAUUAGUAUAUCAACAGGUUAUGUGAUGAUAAUAGAUAUCACAUCAAAGGAUAUUGUGUGCAACAUAUUCCCAGAUAUUUUGGAUGACUGUAGUUUGAGUAGUGUCUCAGCUUUUGAUUUUGAUCCUCGAUCUUGUUGCCAGAUAAUGGCAGUUGGGACUUCAGAUGGAUACCUACAUAUUGUCAACAUUGAAGACAAAGACAUCAUAUGCAAAUCAGACUGUUAUAAACAGGACAGCAUUGAUGUUGUUAUGUACACUCCUGAAGGCAACAUAUUGGUUAUUGCCUUGCACAGCUUCUCACUACAUCUAUAUAACUCUUAUACCUGCGACUUGGUGUAUACAAUUAACAUGAUAGAUUCAUGUCCAGAACUGGAUUCUAUUCUGUCAUCUGGAAAUUACCCAUUUAUUACUUCCAUGGACAUUACACGAUCUGGAGAACAGCUAGCUACAUGUUGUUCUGAUGGGUAUAUCCGAGUUUGGCAGCUGCCACCUAAGUUGAACCUUAAGUUUAUAUGUAAAUUAAGAAUAUUGAGUUUAGUUUUUCAGGGUGACAUUAAGCAUCUUCCACUACCUCAUGCCCUAAAGGAUUAUUUGUUACCAUUUCCUAUGUCUUCUUAAUUGGUAGUCAGAUAAAUUUUAAUGAUGUAAUAACUUCAGAUCUUGAGUUCUGAGUUUUGGCAGAGUGUAGAAAGUAGAAAUCAAUUCCACUGAUAGUUUUGUUUGUUGUUGUUGUUGUGAUCAAUUGUGCAAUCGUCUUCAUGAUGACCAUAAGUUUACAGGGUAUUUAUAUAUUUGUUUAUACAGAAUAGCAAUGAAAGCAGUUUUAGUAAGAUGACAUUACCAGUUGUAUGCAAUUUAUUAAUUACUCUAGCGUAAUAUAGCGUGAUAUGUAAUGAAACCUGUUUAAGUCUAUAUUUCUUUACCUUGCAGUAAGAUAUGAAUUGUAGAGUUCAUCAUUGAAGAAUUUCGAGCAACAGUCAUGAUGGAGAAUAGCAACAAAAGCAUAUUUUCUUGAUAAUUGGUUAUUUCCCAGUAUUUCAUGAAAGUUUUGUCUCAUCUGCACCCAAACCAUGUUGCUUAACUCACAAAUUUCUGAAAUUAAUUAUUUUAAGAUGUCUUAUACUUGUUACUGUAGUUUUAGAAAUUUUCUUGGUUCAGGUAUUCUACACAUAUCCAAAGGGAUUUUUGUCUUUUAUAUGAUGAUCAUAUGUGUUCAAAGUAUCUAUAUAAUAAUGUAUACAUGAUACUAUACAAUUCAGAAUAUCUAUUUAUAUUUAUUUUCUUGAUAAAGCUGAUAUUUUUCAUGUUUGUGACUUUUUUGAUAUUCUCUAUUGUAAUAUUUUUAAGAUGUAUAUCGUUGUUUAUCUUUUUUCGUGUAUUUGAAGGUUUUACAUAAGUUAAUGUAUAUUAUGUCUGUGAUAUAUUUAAACCUAUGCUUACUGAAGAUUGGGAAAUAUAGUGAUUGUUGUGUACUGCCAGUUUGUCGGUGUUCCCUUGUUCCUUCAUGAUUUCAUCUGUCUGCACUUUGUAUCAGGAUGUCUCUUAGACCACUGGUUCAAUAUCGGUAGACUUUCAGUGAAUCAUAUGCACCUAAUGUCACCAUUUACCUCAUAGCUUAUCUUUUGAUUCAAAUAAUGUUGGGGUUUUCCAUAGCAAAACAUGAUUUUUUUCAUAUCUACAGAAGGGCAUGGGCAUCUUCUAUCCACAACUUGUCCUAAAUCAUAGCUUGAUUUCAAUGAAAAUUCCACAGAAUUUUAUUGAUUUCCUAAAAGAAUUGAUACUAUCAACGCUAAUGGCUGCCAAUGUUUCUAAAAUUAGUAAAUUAUGGAAAAAUAAUUGGAAAAAAUCUUGUAAAGCACCAAUAACAACCAAACAUUGGUUGAAUGGUAUAUUUAUGAAUCUCUGUGAGAAGUAUGGUGAAUAAUCAAUAACUAUAACCACGAUCAAACAUUGCUCCCACCAGUUAUAAACAUAGAAAAUUUGAAGAUUACAUGUACCUUCUACCAUGUUCAAGAAUUAAGGUGGACGACCUUAUAACAUUGAAAAUUUGAAGAUUACAUGUACCUUCUCCUUCAAGAAUUAAGGUGGACGACCUUAUAACAUAGAAAAUUUGAAGAUUACAUGUACCUUCUCCUUCAAGAAUUAAGGUGGACGACCUUAUAACAUAGAAAAUUUGAAGAUUACAUGUACCUUCUCCUUCAAGAAUUAAGGUGGACGACCUUAUAACAUAGAAAAUUUGAAGAUAACAUGUACCUUCUCCUUCAAGAAUUAAGGUGGACGACCUUAUAACAUAGAAAAUUUGAAGAUUACAUGUACCUUCUCCUUCAAAAAUUAAGGUGGACGACCUUAUAACAUAGAAAAUUUGAAGAUUACAUGUACCUUCUACCAUGUUCAAGAAUUAAGGUGGACGACCUUAUAACAUAGAAAAUUUGAAGAUUACAUGUACCUUCUACCAUGUUCAAGAAUUAAGGUGGACGACCUUAUAACAUAGAAAAUUUGAAGAUUACAUGUACCUUCUCCUUCAAGAAUUAAGGUGGACGACCUUAUAACAUAGAAAAUUUGAAGAUUACAUGUACCUUCUCCUUCAAGAAUUAAGGUGGACGACCUUAUAACAUAGAAAAUUUGAAGAAAAGUAAUCAGCUAAUAUAACAAAAAAACAGUAGCUACAAAACUUUGAUUACAUGUACCUUCUCCUUCGAGAAUUAUGUAUCAUUCAAUUAUCACAAAUUGGAUCUGUGAUUCAUCCCAAUAUGAUAUUCUAUGUUGUUGCAAUUCCAGAUGAGCUUACAAGCCUCUCUAACAUGUCUAAGACACUUCUGUUAGUUCAUAUGUUGUAUGAUAAAGCAGUAACUGUUCCACUGAAUCGAAUGGAAUUUUACAAUGCCUUCAAAUCCUAUGAAAUCACUUAUUUUAUAUAUUCUGACAAUUUUCUAAUUUAUUAUUCUGGAAGUGUGGGACUUUAAUCAUAGACAACUAGAAGUGUGGAACUUAAAUCAUUUGUUGUGAUAAAACAGGUUUCUUUAACAAAUUUUCACGAAAUGUUAACACAGUAAUCAGAUCCAUGAAUGCAAACUCUCUUUCAAUCUUGAUAACUGGAUUAGUAAUUGUAAUUUUAAAGUUAUUGGACUUUAUUCGUUAAAAAGGAAUUAUUGUAUUCUGCAAAGUCCUGCUUUCUCGCAAUCCCUAGUCCCAAUAAGUUUUACAAUUUUAUAACCAACAGAAGUUACCUCCCUUUAAAAUUUUGACUAUUUUCAGUAUAUGUUCUAAAGUAUUGAUUUUGUUAUGAAGGAAAAAAAGGUACUGUAGAUUCAGACAUUAUUGGUGCAUUUAUUAUUGCGAUUUAUAGAGAAUAUUGCAAUUUCAGGAAAUUCUUCAUACAGAUAUAUAUAUAUGUAUCAGUUCUUAUUAUUGUGAUACUCAACCAUGCAGUCAUAUUAUUCACAUUAAUAAAAACCUGGCAAUUAUUUCUGAAUUGACAGUAUCAGAAUUACAGGUGUAUCAUACUCAAACGGUGUAAGUUGUAACUAUUUUGUUCUACUGUGAUACAUAUCUCCGACCAAUAGAUAAAUGUACUGGUACUGCAUUUAACAUAUUUACUGUGAUGGAUGUUUCUAUGAUUGUAUUGAUUUUUACAAAAGAUUUUCAUGCAUGAAGUUUAUGCUUAUACAGUAAUUGUGUUUAAGAUUAUGAUAAUUAUUCAAUCUUUUAGCAAUAAAAAAGGGUUUGUUUCUGUUUAAAAA